CCGCCUUCAUUUACUCUCAUCGCUCGUGCCCCUCGUGGUGACCAACGAGUCCACCACGUUGCCCGCCCUGCUGUCGCCGUCUCACUAUCGCUUUCUUUCUUCCUGUUCUCUUCUCAGAUCACUCUCGAGAGACUUAAGUUCUGGUUUGGCUUUCUUUCAAGAAGUAUUGAGUUCAAAUUUUGAUGUGUCUAGAAUUUAUAAACAAUUAAAAAAAAAACCAGCCCAGUAGCCCGCCCACGUCUUCGAGGCACCUUCAGCCGACGACUCGAUUUAAUUUAUCUGAUCUGGCGAUAAGCUGUUUGAAAAGGGCCAGUUUGUUUUUGAAGUAAAUGGAGUUUGGCAAUGGCCGCCCACCAAGAACCGUGUAAGAAUCGCCAUCUGUGGACUCUUGACCUGCGGCUAUGUUAAAUAGCCUCCUACGCUCACCCGCCCGAUAGAGGUGGCAAGUUGUAGAAAGGUUGGAACUUGGAAUCAGCCGUUGGACCAACGCGUCAGAUCUGAGAUGAUGGAAGGUGAGACAGUGGAGGGGUCGCGCGGGCAGAGUCGGCGGCUGCCGGAUUUUUUGCAGAGUGUUAACCUCAAGUAUGUGAAGCUUGGUUAUCACUAUCUGAUCACGCACCUGCUGACGCUCCUCUUGAUUCCGCUCAUGGUGGUGAUCCUGGUGGAGGCAGGGAGAACAGAUCCAAAUGAUAUCCGGCAGCUGUGGCUUCAGCUUAAGUAUAAUCUUGUGAGCGUGCUUGUCUUCUCAGCCGUUCUAGUCUUCGGUUCCACUGUCUACAUCAUGAAGAGAGGCCAACCAGUGUACCUCGUGGACUAUGCCUGCUAUCGCCCGCCCGACAGACUUCAAGCUCGCUUUACACAGUUCAUGGAGCACUCACGCCUUUGUGGCAACUUCAACGAGUCGGCGCUGGAGUUCCAGAGGAAGAUCCUCGAGCGCUCUGGCCUUGGCGAGGAGACCUAUGUCCCGGACGCCAUGCACUACCUGCCCCCGCGCCCUUCAAUGGCGGCCGCCCGCGCUGAGGCCGAACAGGUCAUGUUCGGAGCUAUUGACAAGCUCUUCCGCAGCACCGGCGUCAAGCCAAAAGACGUUGGAGUCUUAGUCGUCAACUGCAGCCUCUUUAACCCUACCCCUUCCCUUUCCGCCAUGAUCGUCAACCGGUACAAGCUACGUGGCAAUAUUCGGAGCUUCAAUUUGGGUGGCAUGGGCUGUAGCGCCGGAGUCAUCGCCAUCGACCUCGCCCGCGACCUACUCCAGGUCCACCGCAACACCUAUGCCGUCGUCGUCAGCACGGAGAACAUCACCCAGAACUGGUACUUUGGGAAUCGCAAGUCCAUGCUCAUCCCCAACUGCCUCUUCCGUCUCGGCGGCUCUGCCGUCCUCCUCUCCAACCGCAACGCCGACAGACACCGUGCCAAGUACCGCCUCAUCCAUAUCGUUCGCACCCAUCGCGGCGCAGAUGACAAGGCCUUCCGCUGUGUGUAUCAAGAGCAGGAUGACAACGGACAGAUUGGGGUUUCUCUUUCGAAGGAUCUCAUGGCAAUCGCCGGCGAUGCCCUUAAGAUCAAUAUCACUACCCUCGCCCCUCUCGUCCUUCCCAUCAGCGAGCAGCUCCUUUUCUUUGCUACCCUCGUUGCUAAGAAACUGUUCAACUCAAAGUGCAAGCCUUACAUCCCCGACUUCAAGCUCGCCUUUGAACACUUCUGCAUCCAUGCCGGAGGCCGCGCUGUCAUCGACGAGCUUGAGAAAAAUCUCCAGCUGCAACCAAUUCAUGUCGAGGCCUCCAGGAUGACUCUCCACCGAUUUGGCAACACUUCUUCCAGCUCAAUCUGGUACGAGCUUGCCUACAUUGAGGCCAAAGGGAGGGUGAGCAGAGGCCAUCGGGUGUGGCAGAUUGCAUUCGGCAGUGGAUUUAAGUGCAAUAGCGCUGUGUGGCAGGCCUUGCGCAGCGUGAAGCAGUCCCCUGGAGGUCCAUGGGAGGAUUGCAUUGAUAGAUACCCUGUUGAAAUACAUGAUGGAAUUCCUGUGUCGCGCAACCAGGAGCUCCAGCAGUAGCAGCACUCGCUGAGUGGUAUCAAUUUAGAUUACACAGAACAUCAAUCAAUAAUAUUGGUGUCAGUUGUGAAUUAGGUUUCCUUCUUCAUCCUCCCCCCCUCCCACACGAAAAAAUAAAACAGAAAAUGGUUUCGUAGUUUAUUGAAUAAUUGCCCUGCUAUUAUCUAUCUCCUGUACUUUGCGGGUUGCCUACUUCUUGCGGGACAGUGAAAUCAUCUUCUGUAUUUCUUGUACUUUGGCGUUAUUAAAUGUGUUAGUGACCUCACGUCCACAAUACGAAGUAAUUAUUUUUAUCUGCAUUGUCAAUUUUAUUGUCUGCA